GUGGGGUGGGGCAGGAUGCUGGAUGGCCAGCUAUUUUCCAAGGGGCCCGACAGCCCCCAGGAGCUCCAGAAUGAGGAGUCCAGCAGAUGCCUCUGGGUGCAGAAGUCCAAGCUGUUGGUGAUAGAAGUGAAGACUAUCUCCUGUCAUUAUAGUCGCUGCGCCCCUUCUCGACAGCCCAUGGACUUCCAGGCCAACCACUGGGCUCGCGGGUCCCAGAGCCGCACGUGUGGGCCCCGCCCGGGAUCCCCUGAGGUGCCGCCCCGCCGGCCCUGGGCCUCCAGGGUGCUGCAGGAGGCGACCAACUGGCGGGCGGGGUCCCUGGCCGAGGUCCGAGCCCGGGAGCAAGAGAAAAGGAAAGCGGCGUCGCAGGAGCGGGAGGCCAAGGAGACCGAGCGAAAAAGGCGCAAGGCUGGUGGGGCCCGACGGAGCCCCCCGGGUCGGCCCCGCCUAGAGCCCCGCAAUGCCCCUCGGGCGGCCCAGCCUGCAAGGCUUCUAGCUCUCUCACCGCCGGAGCGCCUGGGGCCGGUGGGGCGAGCGCCCCGUUCACCUGCGCAGCCGCACAGAGACCCAGGGUCAGCGUGGGCGGGGCCCUGGGGAGGUCGGAGGCCCGGACCCCCCAGCUACGAGGCUCAUCUGCUGCUGAGAGGUUCUACUGGGACAGCCCCACGACGCCGCUGGGACCGGCCGCCACCCUAUGUGGCUCCACCUUCUUACGAAGGCCCCCACAGGACCUUGGGGACUAAGCGAGGCCCAGCUCUCUCCCAGGCGCCCACUUUAUCAGCCCCAGCUCCAACCCCAGCCAGGACAGAGGGAGGGCGCACAAAGAAGAGGUUGGAUCCUCGAAUCUAUCGGGACGUCCUCGGGGCCUGGGGUCUCCGACAGGGGCAAGGUCUCUUGGGGGGAUCCCCAGGCUGUGGAGCAGCCAUAGCAAGGCCAGAGUUUGGCAAGGGGGCAGCGGAGAAAAGUGUGGGGCUUGCUGCUGCUGGCCUGAAUAGUGGUAGCUACAGCCAUUCCCAAGCCAAAGCUACAGGGCGCCCAAGCACCAAGACGGCUCCUUCAGGGUCUGCAACUGCGACUCCCAGCCCCCCACGUCCCACACCCAGGGCCAGGCAGCACCUCAAAGGCUCGAGGGAAGGGAAAGAAGGAAGAGAACCGAUCUGGUUCCCCAAAUGCUGGAUUCCUUCCCCUAAAGGCUCCCUUAAAAGGCAGCCGGCCAGGCACAGCCAGACACUCCCCAGACCGUGGGCUCCAGGAGGCACAGGAUGGAAGGAGUCCCUGGGAUAUAGGGAGGGGGUAGGACCCGAGGCCCUAGAGGGUUGGAAGACUACCCGCCGCGCCCACACCUUGCCUCGCAGCUCCCGAAGGCCGGCUCCUGGAGAAGGCGUCUUUGUCAUUGACGCCACGUGCGUGGUGAUACGAUCCCAAUAUGUUCCGACCCCUCAAACCCAGCAGGUGCAGCUUCUGCCCUCUGGAGUGCCGCGUGUUGUGGGAGAUGCCCCCAGCCAACCGAAGGCGGGUAAGGAGGAGGGCGAGGGGGCCACAGUUUCCCCCCCACCUUGCCAAAAGCUGCUGUUAAGCAGUCGCCUUUUACAUCAGCCCGGCCAGGGGCUCGGGUGCGAAGCUGAGGGCGGGAAGCUGGGGGACACCUUACUGGAGGAGCGCGCCUCCCGUAUUUUGGGGCUCCCGGUCGGUGAAGUAAAUCUGCGGGACGCCCCCACGCAGCCAGGUACUCCAGAGCACCAAGCCCUAGGCCCGGCAGCUUUGGGUGGCAUAGGCAGAACAGAGGGUUCGGAAGUGGUGGCGGUCCAAUGGCGCGCUGGCCGGGGCUGGGCACGGAAUCCAGGGCCCUAUGCUGGGGCCCUGCGGGAAGCGGUGUCCCGCAUCCGCCGCCACACCGCCCCGGACUCAGACACGGACGAAGCCGAGGAGCUCAGCGUCCAUAGCAGCUCCUAUGAAGGAAGCGACACAGAAGCCCCAGGCGCCUCCUGGCGGAAUGAGAGGACCCUUCCCGGGGUUGGGAACAGCCAGGAAGGUGGGAAGACAGCUGAGCUGAGCGACAGUAUUCAGGAGAUUUUAGAUGUUAUCAGCCAAACAGAGGAGGCCCUCUUCAGGGCGAGGGACACCAAGGGGACCCCACAGGAAAAUAGGGAGAGGCAGUGAGAGGCCCCUUUUUGUAUUUGUGUGCCCCCAACGCAUCCAUCCGUGGGCUCACUGGUCCCUUUUCUUCCCCACAGAUUUCCUUUGCUUCUCUUUUCCUUGUAGCACUAACCAUUCCCAUUCCCAUACUUGAAAUAAGAAAGGAAAGG